AUGCGGGUGUCCCGGGAUGGGAUGCGUGUGUUCCGGGAUGGGAUGCGUGUGUUCCGGGAUGGGAUGCGUGUGUCCCGGGAUGGAAUGCGUGUGUCCCGGGAUGGGAUGCGUGUGUUCCGGGAUGGGAUGCGGGUGUUCCGGGAUGGAAUGCGUGUGUCCCGGGAUGGGAUGCGUGUGUUCCGGGAUGGGAUGCGUGUGUCCCGGGAUGGAAUGCGUGUGUCCCGGGAUGGGAUGCGUGUGUUCCGGGAUGGGAUGCGUGUGUUCCGGGAUGGGAUGCGUGUGUUCCGGGAUGGGAUGCGUGUGUUCCGCGAUGGGAUGCGUGUGUUCUGGGGUGGGAUGCGUGUGUUCUGGGGUGGGAUGCGUGUGUUCUGGGAUGGGAUGAAGGCAUCCCUCAUGGCCAGUAUCUGCAGGCCUGGUUAUAGCUCCUUGUCCAAUCACAAGUAUGUUCCUCGGAGGGCGGUGCUCUACGUGCCCGGGAAUGACGAAAAGAAAAUACGGAAGAUUCCAUCUCUGAAAGUAGACUGUGCAGUGCUGGACUGUGAGGACGGUGUGGCUGAAAACAUGAAGAAUGAAGCUCGACUGAGAAUAGUAAGAACUCUUGAAGACUUUGACCUGGGCCCAACGGAAAAGUGUGUGAGAAUCAACUCGGUGUCUAGUGGUUUGGCUGAAGCUGACCUAGAGACAAUUCUGCAGUCCCAGGUUCUUCCCUCUAGUUUGAUGCUGCCGAAGGUAGAAGGUCCUGAAGAAAUCCGGUGGUUUUCAGACAAAUUUUCAUUCCACUUAAAUGGCCGAAAACUUGAACAACCAAUGAAUUUAAUCCCCUUUGUGGAAACUGCAAUGGGUUUGCUCAAUUUUAAGGCAGUGUGUGAAGAAACAGUGAGGAUUGGGCCUCAAGUGGGCCUGUUCCUAGAUGCAGUUGUGUUUGGAGGAGAAGAUUUUCGAGCCAGCAUAGGUGCAACAAGCAAUAAGGACACCCAAGACAUCCUCUAUGCCCGACAGAAAAUUGUCGUCAUAGCGAAGGCCUUUGGCAUACAAGCCAUAGAUCUUGUAUACAUUGACUUCCGGGAUGGAGAUGGACUUCUCAAACAGUCAAAAGAAGCUGCCGCUAUGGGCUUCACUGGUAAACAGGUGAUCCACCCUAACCAGAUAGCUGUGGUACAAGAGCAGUUUACUCCAACCCUGGAAAAAAUUCAAUGGGCUGAAGAACUGAUCGUUGCCUUUGCAGAGCACCAGCGACUGGGAAAGGGAGCCUUUACUUUCCGGGGAAGUAUGAUCGACAUGCCAUUACUGAAACAGGCCCACAACAUUGUUACGCUUGCCACAUCCAUCAAGGAAAAAUGAUCUGUUAAAUGAAGCCCUCCUCAGGCGGGCUGAACGGAUACAGUGGGUUUCUUAAAGACAAGCCACAGUACCCAGGGUGGCUUGCUAGCAUACCGGAUCAGGACCUUGUUUCAUUUACAGUUCGUGUUAGUCACGACUCCCAGCCUCCUUCAUGUCUUAUUGACCAGUUAUUCUAAAAAUAAACUUUCUUCCUUUGGAGUCUAA